AGGCUUGGCUUUUGUGGCCCAAGCGACAUUGUUGUUUUUCUGCAGCCAUAGUCUCUGCCGGAGUGUCCGCCGCCAGAGGCGCCAGGACCCCGUCGUCUCAACAGGCCCAGUGACCAUGGAGGUGCGCGUGGACAGCGUCACCGGCGCCCCGCUCGGCAGCAUCCUGUCCGUCCCCGAAGCGGCUCGGCGGCAGGGGUUGCUCGCCGCGGACAAGGCCAUGUACUUCCCCGACGGCGUGCUCGACGCGAGCCCCUUCACCGUGGACGUGUUUGCCCCCCUUGGGGCCAGCAGGCUCACGCUCGUGCCCGGGCGCGAGCUGUACUCCGUGCGUUUCGGGGAGGAGCAGGGGAAGGAGGGGAUGUGCAUGAACCUGAGCGUGAGGGACGUCGGCAAGGACGGCGUCGGGAGGCCACCGGACCGCACCGCGUCGAGGCAGGCGCAGCGCAGCGCGAAGCUGGGCGAGUGCCAGGCCUACGUGGAGAGGCACAACCUCGCGAAGUUCAUGCAGAACCUGAUGCAGAGCGUACUGGCCGUUUUGCCGGACGACCCUUUCGCCUACAUGGAGGAGUGCCUCCGCAACGCCCGGGCCCCGGGCGCCCCUCCGGCGCCCACGCCCGCUCCGGUACCCCCUCUGGCCGCGGUGCCGGAGCCGCCCGCGCAGGCCGAGCCCGCCUCCAAGCCGACCACGGCAGGCGGCCGCCGGACCCUCGCCAAGGCGAAGUCGAGCCUCGGCCCCUCCGCCGGGGCGCUGGCCCCCGCCCCGAAGGGGUUCGAGGGCCCCGCCUUUGUGGUGGAGGGCCCCGGCGGCGAGCGGCAGGCCGCGAGGCCGCUGGUGGAGAGGGACGUGCUGCCCGCGGGGGGCUCGGUCCACCGCCUCAGGGUGGAGAAUCUCGGAGAGACGUUCCCGAGCCGCGGCGUGUCGACUCCCCUAAGGGACAUGACGUCGCACUUCGUGGGGAGCGACGCCUGGGUGACCGAGGCGAUCCUGCGACAGAGCGAGGGCCAGAAGUUCUUCAGCAUGCUGUCCGCGGGGCCGAGGGAAGAGCUGCACUUCGAGCCCGGGGAGGUGGUGGCAACGAUCGUUACUUGCGGUGGGCUCUGCCCCGGCCUGAACUCAGUCGUGCGACAGGUGGUGCAGAUGCUUGCCCUGUACGGGGUCAAGAAGGUCUACGGUAUCCGCGGCGGGUACAAGGGCGUGACGGAGCCGCAGGAGUGGGUGGAGCUCACCCCGAAGGUCGUCCAGGACAUCCACGACCUGGGGGGCACGGUGCUCACGAGCGACCGCGGCAACCCCCCCGUGGAGGAGCAGGCCCAGGCCCUGAGGCGCAUGGGCGUGCGGGCGCACUUCGUCAUCGGCGGCGACGGCACGCACCGGGGCGCGCAGGCCACGUACGAGGCCAUGAAGCAGGAGGGCUGGGAGUGCGCCGUGGUGGGCGUUCCGAAGACGAUCGACAACGACAUCCCGAUGCUGGACAGGACGUUCGGCUUCGACACCGCGUGUACCGAGGCCACCAAGGCGGUGCACGCGGCGUACGUGGAGGCGACAUGCAACGCCAAUUGCAUCGGCCUGGUGAAGCUCAUGGGCAGGCACUCGGGCUUCAUCGCGAUGCACGCCUGCCUCGCGGCCCGUUUCGUCGACGUAUGCCUGCUGCCAGAGAUGGACAUCCAGCUGGACAGGGUCCUGGAGCACUGCCUGCACCUGCUGCAGUCCAAGGGGCACGCGGUCGUCGUCGUGGCGGAGGGCUGCGGCGACACCCUCGUGAAGAGCUCCGGGGAGUGCGACGCAGGCGGCAAUGUGAAGCUGGCGGACGUGGGGCCCUGGCUGAAGGACAAGAUCAUGGACCGCUUCAAGGCCGUGAAGCUGCCCCUCACCAUCAAGUACAUCGACCCCACCUACAUGAUCCGCGCCGUCAGGCCCAACUCUAACGACAGCGUGUACUGCGCGGUGCUGGCGGAGAACGCCGUGCACGCAGCCAUGGCGGGCUACACUGGCGUGACGAUCGGCCAGGUGUCCCGCCGGGUCGUGGUGCUGCCCAUCCAGGCGAUCACGGGGCAGAAGCCGCGCAGGGUGGACCUGAGGGGUGGCUGGUUCCUGCGGCUCAUCGCCUGCACGAGGCAGCCGAGUCUGGCCCCAGACCCCGGGCCCGACGCCGCGCCGCCGGAGCCGGAGCAGGUGCCCGUGUUGGCGUGUGCAGAGCCCGCGGACCUCGCCGGCAUCGUGCCGGCGGCCGACGAGAUCCGGAGGAUGGAGCUCGAGCACCUGAGGGACGCCUUCGGCACCAGGGAGGUGCCCACCACGCUCGCGGAGAGCGUGCAAGGCGCCUCGCUCCGCUUCAUGGGCGCGGAGUCCUGGGUAACUGGGGCGCUGGGGCACACCAGGAGCGGGCCGCGGGUCGAGCUGCUCGGGGUGAACCUGCAACUGCUGCGGUCCGGGCCCCGGAGGGUGCUGCACUUCAGGCCGGACGAGGUGGCCGCGGCCAUCGUGACGUGCGGUGGCCUGUGCCCAGGGCUGAACUCCGUGGUCCGCGAGAUCGUCAUGAGCCUCUUCGCCUACGGCGUGAAGAAGGUCUACGGCAUCAAGGGCGGAUUCAAGGGGACCGUGAACCCGCAGACGUGGCUGACGCUGACUCCCGACAACGUCCAGGACAUCCACAUGCAGGGCGGGACCAUCCUGGUGAGCGACCGUGGCAACCCACCCGAGGAGGAUGCUGCUAAGGUCCUUCGCAGCAAGGGCAUCCGUCAGUACUUCGUCAUCGGCGGCGAUGGGACGCAUCGAGGCGCUUACGCCACAUGCCAAGCGCUGAAGAAACUCGAAUGGGAGUGUGCGGUUAUCGGGGUGCCUAAGACGAUCGACAAUGACAUCGCGAUCCUCGACAGGACGUUCGGCUUCGACACGGCGUGCAGUGAGGCGCUCAAUGCGAUCCGGGUUGCUUAUGUGGAGGCCACCUGCAACGCGAACUGCAUCGGCCUGGUGAAGCUUAUGGGGCGCCACUGCGGGUACCUUGCGAUGACCUCUGUGCUCGCGGCGCGCUACGCAGACGUUUGCCUGCUUCCUGAGAUGGACGUGAACACCGAGCGCGUACUUGAGUACUGCGUCUCGCUCGUGAAGCAGAAGGGGUACGCCGUCGUGGUGGUCGCUGAGGGCUGUGGGGACACGCUCAUCAAGAGCUCUGGCGAGGUGGACGGUGGAGGGAACAAGAAGCUGUCCGACGCCGGAGUGUGGCUGAAGGAGACGAUGCUGUCGCACUUCAAGUCGCUGAACCUGCCCCUCACGGUCAAGUACGUGGACCCCACGUACAUGGUCCGCGCGCUGCCCGCGAACGCCAACGACAGCAUCUACUGCUCCAGCCUGGCGCAGGGGGCCGUGCACGCGGGCAUGGCUGGCUACACGGGCGUCACUGUCGGAAAGGUCGACGAGUGCUUUGUCUAUCUGCCCAUACGGGCCAUCACUGGGACGCCGAACCGAAGAGUCAACCCUGAAGGCCUGGAUUAUGAGCGGUUGCUGGCCGCAACAUUGCAGCCUCAUCUCGGAGUGGAGGGCCUGACAAAGGCCAAGCCCAUCGAACCAAGCCUCAGCGGACGUCACCUUCGUUCGAACGCCGAGCUGCACGAUGAGGCUGGCUUGGAGGUGCGCAUCCCCAACACGAAGCUCACGUGCAUUGACGGCUUCGGCUGCACCAAGGAGUCGAGGCCGCUACAGCGCGGCGACCUGUUGGCAGAGGGGGCGCAGAUCCGCAAGCUGACCUGUUUCCACCUCUCUGAGCGCUUCGGUGUGUACGAUUUGCCCACGACGCUGAACGAGACGGGCAAGAAAACGGCGCUGCAGGACAACUUGUCGUGGACCACCCAGUCGUUCCUGACUGGCAUCGGGGGCCAGGGGGCGACGUACUACCACAUGAUAAGAGCCGGUCCGCGGGAGAAGCUGCACUUCGACCCCCACGACCCCGCCUCCUGUGCCGCCAUCGUCAGUUGCGGGGGGAUCUGCCCUGGACUGAAUUCCGUCAUACGAGAAAUCGUCAUGACGCUCUGGGACUACGGCGUGCGACGCAUCUGGGGCAUCAAAGGCGGGUUCAAGGGCGUGGUCCACCCCGAGAGCUGGAUCCAGCUGACGCCCGACUCCGUGAAGGAGAUCCACACGCAGGGCGGAACCAUGCUGGUCAGCGACCGUGGCAACCCGCCCGUUGCGGAGAUGGCCCAGGUGCUCAAGGAACAGGGCGUGCGACAGUAUUUCGUGCUGGGCGGGGAUGGCACCCACAAAGGCGCUAUGCAGUCCUCCGAUGCCUGCUUAGAGAUCGACCACGAGUGUGCUGUGAUCGGCGUGCCCAAGACCAUUGACAACGACGUGCCCAUGUUGGAUCAGACCUUCGGGUUUGACACAGCUACCACAGAGGCCGUCAAGGCGGUGGACUCGGCCUAUGUCGAGGCGACUUGCAACGCAAACUGCAUCGGCCUUGUCAAACUGAUGGGCAGGCACUGCGGCUUCAUCGCCAUGGACGCUGUGCUCUCGGCGCGGCACGCGGACAUCUGCCUGCUGCCCGAGAUGAGCAUCGACGCCGAGAAGGUGCUCGUGCACGUCGAGCACCUGAUGAGGACGAAAGGGCACGCAGUCGUCGUUGUAGCCGAGGGCUGUGGCGACACCAUGAUCCAGAGCAGCGGCGAGCGGGACGCGGGCGGGAACAAGGUGCUGGCCGACAUCGGUUUGUGGCUGAAGAGCGCGAUUACGGACCGCUUCAAGCAGUUGGGCCUGCCGUUGACGAUCAAAUACAUCGACCCCACGUAUAUGAUACGGUCGGUGCCAGCAAACGCUUUUGACAGUCAGUACUGCGCGGCACUGGCGCAGAACGCCGUCCACGGGGCAAUGGCCGGGUUCUCGGGAGCCACUGUCGGGAAGGUGCACGAGCGCUACGUGUAUUUGCCAAUCCACUGCAUCACCCAGCAGCGGGGCCGCCGCGUGGACACGCAGGGCCGCUGGUUCAAGAGGCUGAUCGAGACGACCACGCAGCCAGACUUUACGCCGGACGGUGUGCGGCCCAGCUCGCGUUCGGCAGACAUGGACUCGGACACCGUGCUGCGGAGCCUGUCGCUGCCGAGCAGCAUCAACGAGGUGCUCGAGCCAGGCGACGAGGUUCAGAAGCUGGGCGUUGUGACGUUGGGCACUGUGUUCCCUUCCAAGAGGCUUCCAAACAAGAGCCACGGCACGGACCACCGCGCGUUUCUGGACGACCAGGCUUGGGCCACCACAACAUUGAUGCGGUUCAACAAGAGAGAUGACAGGGGGCACAUCUACUAUCAGAUGCUUCUGGGUGGACCACGGGAGGUCCUUCAUUUCGACCCAGCGGAGAGCGCUGCCGUGAUCGUGACUUGCGGCGGCCUCUGCCCAGGGCUCAACUCUGUCAUCAGGGAGAUCGUCAUGACCCUGACGCGGUACGGCGUGACGCGGAUCCAUGGUUGCCGCGGCGGAUACAGAGGGAUGGUGCAGCCGAGCAGCUGGAUGCAGCUCACUCCGGGGGUGGUGCAGGACAUCCACAACAAGGGCGGCACGAUCCUGGUGAGCGACCGUGGCAAUCCGCCCCACGCGGACAUCGCCAAGACGCUUCAGGAGCAGGGCGUGAGCCAGUGCUUCAUAAUUGGAGGCGACGGGACGCACCGGGGCGCUAUGGAGAUGUUCAAGUGCACGCAGCAGAUUGGCCACGAGUGUGCGGUCGUCGGCAUUCCGAAGACCAUCGACAACGACAUCCCUAUCUUGGACAGGUCCUUCGGGUUCAAGACGGCGUGCACAGAGGCCGUCAAGGCCAUCGAUUCGGCCUACACGGAGGCGACCUCGAACGCCAACUGCAUCGGGCUGGUGAAGCUGAUGGGCAGGCACUGCGGCUGGAUCGCCAUGGAGGCGGUCCUGGCGGCCCGGCACGUGGACGUGUGCCUCCUGCCCGAGAUGGACGUGUCGUUGCCGAAGCUGCUCACGCACCUGAUCAAGGUCGUGAAGAGGCAGGGCUUUGCCGUCGUGGUCGUGGCGGAGGGCUGCGGCGACACCCUCAUCAGGAGCUCUGGGGAGCGCGACGCGGGCGGCAACCGGAAGCUGGCCGACGUCGGGCCUUGGCUGCAGGCCGCGCUGCUGGAGCACUUCCAGAAAAUGCAGGUGCCCCUCACAGUGAAGUUCAUCGACCCGACCUACACGAUCCGCGCAGUACCCGCGAACGCCAACGACAGCGUCUACUGCUCGGUGCUGGCCCAGCACGCCGUGCACGGCUCCAUGGCGGGGUAUUCCGGCAUCACCGUCGGCAAGGUGGACGGGCGCUACGUGAUGCUCCCCAUCCAUGCCAUCACGGAGAUGACCGGGCCGCGCAAGGUGUCCCUCUUGGGCCGCCAGUUCGAGAGGCUCAUGCAGACCACGGGCCAGCCGAGCCUCGCCCCCGGGCCAGGCGACGACUGGGCGUUGCUGCCGCCCGCGCCGCCUCCGAGGCCCGCGGAGCCGGCGCCCGAGAAGCCCGCGGAGAUCGGCGUCUUCGCCUGGAGGGGUCCGCAGCCUGAAGGCCGGAGGGGAAUCAACUGCGUGAGUUAUCAGCCCUGA